AUGAAUAGCUGUUUGAAGAGUUUGUUUUUUACAGUUCCAUUAAAAACUCUUGUCCUAAAUCAAGGAAAAAGAAACCUAAAUCAUUUUAGAUAUGGAAGCAAUGUGGCACAGUUGUUCAAAUCAACUGCAUUAAUAAAACCAGAUGGAACAAGUGAAGAAGGAAGUAAAUUAUUAAAAGAUAAAGUUACGGCUAUUUACUUUUCUGCUUCAUGGUGUGGACCAUGUAAACAAUUUACUCCUCAUCUAAAGAAAUUCUAUGAUACAGUAAAUAAAAAUGAAAAAAAGAUGGAAGUUAUUUUUGUUAGUUUAGAUAAAAGUAAAAAUAGUAUGGAAAAAUAUUAUAAUGAAAACAUGGGAACUUGGUUGAGAACAGAAUAUGAUUCAGAAUUAACUAAUGCAUUGGCAGAGGAAUGUAAUGUUACUACAAUACCAUCACUAAAAGUUGUCAAAAAUAAUGGUGAUAUUCUUAAUAUUCAGGCUAGAGAAGAUAUUAUGAUGCAUGGUAAGGAAGACUGUGAAGGACUUUUACAAAAAUGGAAAAAAAUUGCAGCUUAA